AUGUCAGUAUCAAAACUUGAAUCACUUCCUAACGAAAUACUCGUCGAUCUUCUGGAGAAAUAUAUCAAUGCAGUAGAUGUGUUCGUUGCUUUUUUUAAUCAAUUAAAUAGUCGCUUCAAUGCUCUUAUUGAUCAAUGUCAACAAUUUCAUUUCGAUUUUACUAGUAUUCGUAAGAAAGAUUUUCAGAUUUGUGUUAAUCGUCUACCAAAUUACUUUGAUAAGAUCAAAGGUUUAACUUUAUCUGAAUGUGAUACGCCCGGACAGAUUAAUAUCUUUUUAUCCCUGUUUCCACCAUUGAACAAAUUCAAUGAACUUCGUGAAUUUCACUUAGAUUUUGAUGUCAUAACUGUUGACAAAUAUCAAAUUAAUGAAGUUCUUCACUCGUUAUCAAAUUCGAAUCUUUGUACUCUAUCGAUCAAAGGAACACAUAUAUCGGUGUCUAGCAUAUUGAAUUCUAUCAAUACAACCAUUUUGGCUUUGCCAACACUCAAACGACUUAUUCUCGAUACCAAUUUUUACACAGCACUACGGGAUUUUGAUAAAUCGACUUUCUUUAAUAUUGAACAUUUGAUUAUUGCGGGACAUGGCUGUACAUGGAACGAACUGCAGCAUAUAUCUCGAUGUUCUCCUCGUCUUAAAUAUUUGAACGUACGAGUUACAAACAAGUUUUCGAAUACUUUUUCAUCAACAGUCGAUAUUCCACCAUUAACAAAACUUUAUACGGUCAUUUUGCAUUUUAUUGAUAGAUAUACUGAAAUAACAUGGAAUCAAUUGGUAGAUUAUUUUCGUAUUAUGCCAAAUUUGCAUCAUCUGGAAGUCAUCAAUUCACAUAAUAGAUUUUUCAAUGCAAAUGAUUGGCAAAUAUUGUUUGAGAUAUCAUUGUCAUUAUUAAAACGUUUUACUUUGAAAAUAAGUGCAGCUCGUCUAUCACAACAUGGUCUUGAUAGUAUUCAUACUACAUUGAUAUCUUUUCAAACUCCAUUUUGGAUUGAAAAGAAAAACUUCAAUAUCUUCAUUAUGAUGUGUAAAUCUUUCGGAAAUAUUAUUUAUUACUAUCAACCAAUUGAUCCUCAACAACAUCGAUUUGAUAUUGACUUCAAAUCAGAGAUUCAGUCAGGGACUAUUCAAUUUUGGACAGUUCCUGAACGUUCCAUUAGUGAUAAUUGCUUUCUAUUGGAUAAAAUUACUAGUUUACGUCUUUCUGCCAAGGAUCCUCUGCCACCAAGUCAAUAUUACUUCGAAAAUGUCAAAUAUCUUAAAGUAGAUCAUAUUAAUUUAUCUUUGUUCAAAUGGAUUACGACACAUAUUCAUCUUUCAAAAAUAAAAAAACUGAUAAUUCUAGAAACAGAAACGAAAUGCCGUCUAGUUACUUCGCUUAUAGCACUUAUUGAAAAUAUCUCCUCACUUCAAAUCAAUUUUAAUCAGUUAAUUCAUCAACAGUAUGAUCUUAUCAAAACGAAGAACAACAUUAAACGGCUGAAUAUUUCUUUUGGUCUUUUUUCUAAUCAACAAAUAUUUCGAAAAAAAGAUAUUUGUAUUAUUGCAGAUCUCUUUCCGUUGAUUGAACAUUUAAUAAUUGAUACGAUCGAUUUUGAAAAUGUACCAUUCUUGUACAUUUGCUUACCACAUCUUCAUAGUCUUACUUUCAAACUUAUCGAUCUUACCUUUCCAAGAUUCGAUAGCUUUAAAGAACGACAAUGGGAUAAUCGAUUACGAGAUAUGACGAGACUUACAUUUAAACGUACAGAAGAAUGGUUAACAAUCUGGAUUGAUGAAGUAGCUUUUCAAGAAUCUAACUGGUCAUCUUUUCAAUUGAAAUCUCAGAGCAACAAAUGUUGUACUUCUUGA